GCACACGGGAGCGGACUAAUUAAGGCACAAGCGGCGACUUGCGACCGGUCAGGACGCGCAGACCUCAUCCCGUUCUCUGCCCAAACAACAUCUUCUUCUAAAGUCACUGGACAGAAACAGAUUUACCUUCUCUGCUCGUGCAUUUUCUAACAUUUUCUCUUUUCUUAAAAAAAGGCACAAACUAUAAAGUGUCUGGGAUUUCUGUUUUUUUUUUCUGCUCUGAUAUUUUUUUCCUGGCUGAGAGAUUCUGCACAGAAGAAGAUAAACAGCCCACCCCCCUUCUUCUGGUCUCCACCAUCAGAAGGAAAAGUGAAGACUGGUGUUUUCCUGUCACAUGUAGAAACGUUUGGACUAUUGCUGCUGACAUCCAUCCACUGGCUCCGUGUCUUCACACACAGAUUGUGCGCAGCGGCUUGAUAAGAGGAGGAAUACCGAAGCAUCUGGCUGCAAUAACAAGCAGAAAAUCAAUCACAACUCCAUCAUGGGCUGCCCCCUCUUGUGGAACGCCUUCGCUGGUGUGAUCCUGGUUCUGCUGUCGAAAGGGUCCAGUUUGCAAGGAGCGGAAAUCGGACACCUGCCGGAUAACAUAACAGUGUUGGAGGGAGAAAGCGUCAUUUUGAGAUGCCGGAUCAACGAGGAGGUGACCCACAAGGCCUGGCUGAAUCGCUCCAACAUCCUGUUCGCGGGGAAAGACAAGUGGUCGCUGGACAAACGCGUGACGAUGGUCAACAGCAACGACAGCGACUUCUCCAUCAACAUCGACAACGUGCAAGUGACCGACGAGGGGCCCUACACCUGCACCUUUCAGGCCAACAACCAGCCCCACAUCGCCCACGUCUACCUCAUCGUCCAAGUGCCGGCCAGAAUCGUCAACAUCUCAAAGAACGUGUCCGUGAACGAGGGGGAGAAUGUGAACCUCUACUGUCUGGCAGUGGGUCGGCCUGAGCCCACCGUCACCUGGAAGGACCAGAAAUGUAAGCUACCCCCUUCCUGUUUGCUCGUCUUAACAUCCAGAGAUGGCUUGUUCACAGCUUCACCUUCAUCCCAAAGCCUGCUCAGUCUUUUGUAG